AUGGGUCUCUGGCUCCUCUGCUGGGUAGCCAUCUGUGUCCUGGGAGCAGGUCCAGUGGAUUCUGGAGUGACCCAGACCCCAAAAUACUUGAUCAAAGCUCGAGGCCAGCAGGUGACACUGAACUGUUCCCCCAUCUCUGGACACCCCUAUGUGUCCUGGUACCAGCAGGCCCAGGGCCAGAGUCUCCAGUUUCUUAUUGCUUAUUACAGCGGGGAUGAGAGAGAAAAAGGAAACAUCCCUGCACGGUUCUCAGGACAACAGUUUUCCGACUACCGCUCAGAGCUGAACCUGAGUGCCCUGGAGCAGGGGGACUCGUCUGUGUUCCUGUGUGCCAGCAGCAAAGAGCACAGCCCUGCAGAGCCACCACCAUCCUGUGCACAAACCUCCUGUCCCACCUCAGGAACUCCACACAGCCCUGCAGAGCCACUGCCACACCAAACACAAAUGUCAGGGCCACCCAGCAGCGGAGGCUGCACAGCUAAGCAGAAGGCUGUCUCAGUCCCCAAGUGCAGCCUGGGGCUCAUAAGACCAAACCCACAGCCCCUCCUGUGUGGGAGCCAGUGUGGGAACCAGUGUGGGAACCAGUGGGGGAACCAGUGUGGGAACCAGUGGGGGAACCAGUGUGGGAACCAGUGUGGGAGCCAGUGUGGGAACCAGUGUGGGAACCAGUGUGGGAGCCAGUGUGGGAACCAGUGUGGGAGCCAGUGUGGGAGCCAGUGUGAGAACCAGUGUGGGAACCAGAGUGGGAGCCAGUGUGGGAGCCAGUGUGGGAGCCAGUGUGGGAACCAGUGUGGGAGCCAGUGUAGGAGCCAGUGUGGGAACCAGUGUGGGAACCAGUGUGGGAGCCAGUGUGGGAGCCAGUGUAGGAGCCAGUGUGGGAGCCAGUGUGGGAACCAGUGGGGGAACCAGUGUGGGAACCAGUGUGGGAACCAGAGUGGGAACCAGUGUGGGAGCCAGUGUGGGAGCCAGUGUGGGAACCAGCCACUCCAUCAGCCCAUUGCGUUGAGGAUCUUCCUCUUUUUAGCUGACCUUGUGCUUUACCAAGGAGUGUGUGUGCUGUAUGGUUCUGAAGAACAGAAGGACCACCAAGGUGGGGUCCUUCCUGAGGGCACAUGGGGCUCAGGGAACCUUCAGGUGAUGUCAGAGCAGUGA